AUGCUGGGUUACGCUCCCUGGCGAACUCCGCUCCUGAGGCAAACCACCCCUCUCUCACGCCACCACCCAGGAACGGCGGACAAGAUACAGGUACCAACACACCACAUACUAGCAAAAAGGCCCCUGGUCUACAGUAACUAUCCUAUCUACACCCCCACCACACACCACCACCCUUGUUGGUGAAGCACCAUACCGAAGGGCAGGCUGCACUUCCCCGCGUGCCCCUGACUGGAAGCCAGCAGCGGUGCCAGUAGGGCAUGCCCGUGGGACCUCCCCCGGCUACAGCGCCCCCUCCAUAUAGGAGGAAACUAUCUCUUCUCUGUCUUUCCCCCACUCCCUCUAUUUCCCUCCCCCCUCCUCCACCCCCUCCUCCUCCCUCCCUUCUCCCUAGGUGGACCGCCUCCCCCCAGCCCCCGAGAUGCCCAGGACUCCGCACCGCACCGGAAACGAGCCAUGGCUGGCGUCCACCCUCUCGCUCUAUUUGAUCAAUGUGAAAGGGCUCAAUUCCCCACAGAAACGGGUGAGAGCCCUGCGGGAGCUGAGAGCACUACACAUCUCAAUCGCCUUUUUCCAAGAAACACAUUUCAAGACGCGCAACCAUCAGCAAUUCUCCUCCAAAUACUACCCACUGGGCUUUCAUGCCACGAACCUAGAGUCGAAAACCAAAGGAACAUCAAUCCUCUUUUCCUCCGACACUCCAUUCAGGAAGGAAGCAGAGAUAGCAGACCCAGAGGGAAGAUACCUCUUCCUGAAGGGCACCAUACACCAAACCCACUUCACACUCGCGAACGUGUACCUACCCAACAAAGGCCAGAAACCCUUCCCCAACAAAAUUCUAGCAGCCCUAGAACCCUUCAGUGAAGGCAUCCUGACACUUGGAGGAGACCUUAAUGCCCCCUUGGACCAGAGACUGGACACUUCUAGGGGCACCUCAAACUUCCCGGAACACGUGCUCCGAGGCAUGAGGGAGAACUUGCACAAAUUUCAACUGUCUGACUGCUGGCGGGUCCUACACCAUGCCACAAAGACUACUCAUACUACUCUCCAGCCCACAAAUCCUACUCUCGUAUAGAUUACUGUUUCACUUUACCACCGCCACCUCGACGACCUACACUCGGCCACGAUUGCACCAAUGACUUGGUCGGAUCAUGCCCCAAACAUUAUUACGCUCACAUCACCCACGCCCUUCCACAAACAAUGGGUCUGGAGACUCAAUGAAUCGCUACUGGAAGACCCACUGCUCAAAUAGAAGAUCAACUAGAACACUUCUUCCUCACGAACACGCCAAGAGAUUCCACCCCGGAGACCAUCUGGGAAGCACAUAAAUGCGCAAUACGAGGCACCUUAAUCCACCAGGGGGCGCAGCGCAAGAAACAACGCGCCAAGGCUAUCAUGGACCUCCUCCAGAAGGUCGCCGAACUGGAAACAAGACACAAAACCACACUGGACGAGGAUGCGUAUACAGAACUGGUCGAGGCUCGGGCUGCCCUAAACUUGCACCUGUCCCACAAGAUAGAAUUCCAACUUCGCAUGGCACAAAAGACUUAUUAUGAAUAAGCAGCAAAAUGCUAGCCAGAGCUCAGGAAGAACAGACAAAAAAGCUUCAUAAACAGAAUUGUCCACAAUGGCACAACUCAUGCCACACCAAAGUCCAUAG